GAAAUUAGUUCAUUCGGGUCACUUCAUUCUCUCUCCGUAUAAUUUCUAGGAACUAAAACACUAAAAAGAAACAAAAGAUGCAGGCUGUUAUGAAUUUCUUCAUGAGGCUAGCUUUCUUUCUGAUCCUCGUUUCUAAAUUGAGCAAUGGGUAUUCGACAAACCACUUGCAGCCACAGAAGUUGGGUUUCUAUCCUCCAACCUGUAACCGAAUUGAGUGCCCAAAUUAUGACUUAAUUCAAUCUGGAAAAGACUAUGAAAUUCGUCUUUAUAAUUCAUCCAUGUGGAUGUCUACUGCACCCAUUGAUGAUAUUAACCUUUAUUCCGCCACCAGAACUGGUUUCCUCAGGCUAUUCGAUUACAUUCAAGGGAAGAACAGUUACCAGGAGAAAAUAGAGAUGACAGCUCCAGUUAUCACUCAAGUAAAACCAAGUGAUGGACCAUUUUGUGCAUCUUCAUUUGUUGUGAGCUUCUACGUACCAAAGAAGAACCAACCAAAUCCUCCUCCAGCUAAAGGCCUUCACGUCCAAAUAUGGAGCAAUACUUAUGUCGCCGUCAGGCAAUUCGGCGGAUUUGUAGCUGAUGUUGAUGUUGCAAAAGAAGCUGCUGCUUUGAGUGCUAGUAUUGCUGACACUAAAUGGGCAGCAGCCGUUGAAAAAAGCCAUGCUGCAGAUAACACUACGAUGUAUACAGUGGCGGGAUACAACUCUCCUUUUGAGUUCAAGGACAGAGUUAAUGAGAUUUGGUUUACAUUUGAUUUGGACAAAGCAUCUGCCAUUUGAUUCUGGACUCUUUAACAUUUCAGGAGACAUGAAACUAUCUUAUUUUCUUGGUUUGUAUUACUAUUAAACAACAGUUUUGUAUGACCACAAUGCUACAUUAUAUAGAUAGAAAAUAAGAUAGGUUGUACAAUACAAUUUGAUUCUGAGGAUUUAGUGGUUAAGAUACCUCUUUCAAGACCUUUCAAAAUAAUCCAAUAUAUAUGGAAAAGGGCUUAGACCAUAUUGAGUUUAUUGUA